AGCCACAGCCACAGCCACAGCCACGAGGAGCAUGGACCCACAGCACUCGGCCCAGGCGACGACCCAAAAUGGAAAGUCGUUCCACAUGUCGUCAGACCCAAGUCGUGGAUCGGGCCCGUCCACAGCGCGACUGCCGUCUCACUCGCAACAGGCGAGAGAUUCUGGCUCAAAACCGAAACUUAGCAUAAGCGAGACAUAUUGUCGAGUUAAUAAGGCUACCGUUCGGACGUUAGAGGGCUUCUAUUCCCCGCCUGCGCUCACAAUCCCAGGCCAGACUCAGAGCACGGUUCGUUUGAUCGACAAUAAUUCGGAUUCUACUUUGUCUGGCCAGACUAAGAUGGAUGAAUCCCAUCCUAAAGCGGCUGCGCCCAUCAGCCUUCCCGAAUUACGCACGAACAGACCCAAGCCAUCCGCCAGAUUCAAAGAUGGUGGCCUUAGAAUUUGGAGUGAUGACGAUGACAGCUCUGCAAACCCCGAAGCCUCUGACCAAAACCCCAAGGCCUCUGACAAAGAGAUUAUUUCCAUCACCAUGGCUAACCCUAAUCGUCCAUACACGAUGUGGCCUGAUCCCACGGGAACACUCACAGAUACGUGCGGUACCCUGAUUCCCGACGGCUACACUUUGGACGAAAUGGUGGAAGAUCGCCAGUGGAUAUGCCCCAUCCGAUCCUGUCGUCGGCUAUACAGCUCGAGGCGCUACCUCGGUGGUCACUUCACGAUGCACCACUUAGACUGUCACUUAAACGAUAAUCUGGAUGGUACAUUUUCCAUAUUACCCCCCGUCAGCACGUCGACCAAAAAACAUGCCCUUCCCAAGGUAGUCUCGCGUGAUCCUUUAAACCAAGAGUCUCUGGCUAGCCCUAAGGUGCCCGUUCAUCCAAAGGGGCGCAGGAUUACCUGGAUUAGCGUCACGCCGGAUGCCACUACGCCAGAUGCUGUCGAACCUGAAGAACCUGAGACGUCAAGCCUUUCGCCAGGCGAGAGUCCUCAUGGUAAAGACAUUGUGAAAUGGAUCCCACCGCCAAUUCAAACCAACCAGCACUCUAACGAUGAAGCAAGGGUGCAACAACCAAAGCAAGCCGCCAAGCACCUCGAUGGUAAAGCAAGUGUAAAACCAGCCGCUGCCUCAAUGCAAGCAACCACCGUGGUUCGCCCUGAAUUGGUUGAUCGCGAGGCCGAUCUAUGGACGUACUUAUGUUGCUGCGUCGGCAGGAUAUUACCGAUACCUGGCAAUGAAAACAUGAGGUGUCUUCUCAGCCACCCACGAGUCCGUGAUAUUCAUCAAAACUUGCAACAAGGCCGACUGAGAGAUCUCGACAUCAAGCAGCUCAUGGCUCUAGCUAUACAGGCCACGGGUACUGAGGUCAAGAGGGCGUGCACACAUUGCCGUCGCAAGGGUGGAACAUGGGACAUCUGUGUAAAUGCACCCCCAGGCGUCGACCUGAGGGAAACACUGUCGACCUCUUGCCGUUGCUGCGCAAACUGCCUUUUAAAUGCCAUACCGAGCCAAUGCAGCGUCAAGAAUGUAAGCAAGGGCUUGCUCGUCUCAGUUUCGGACCAACGGAGUAGGCGGCCUCGUCGCCCUGACGCCACAGUCUAUGACGAAGAAGGGGAGGAUGAAAUCUCGCAAUUAUUGCCCGACGCUACCGAGGACGAGAACGACGGUGAUAAUGAAUACGACGGCAUGUUACUGCGGCGAUCCAAGAGACGGGCCUCGAGAGAAGGCAUGGGACCACCGACUAAGCGGAAGGCGGCCGCAUUGAUGACUCCCAGCCGCCGUAGAGAGGCUCGGUCAUCGAUGAAUGCGAACGCAAAAACCCGUCGCGAACUUCGGCGAGCAUCAAAGGCAGACAGCAGCCAGUCCUUGGUCACGUUGCCCGUGAGAGUACCGGUGAUAUCGCAAGACGUCCUUGAGAUGGAGGACUGGGAGACCGGUGCCGGACGGAUCGCAGACAAGGCACAAACCAAUGUCGCCUUUUCCACCGCAUACCUGUCUACAAACCAGGUCGUUCGAGUUGCCGAUAACGUGACGUUCCUGACGGCCAUCGUGGCGUCUGGCACCACACACCGCUUCACGGCGGACGCGGGCAAGAUCCGCGUCUGCACCGUGGCCAAGGGCAAGGUUCGAGUCGAAGUCGCCGGCGAGCCGCAGUUUACCGUUGGCCCGCGCGGCAUGUUCCGCAUCAACCGCGGCACGGCGUGCUCUGUGCAGAACUGGUGUUAUGUUGAUGCUAUCCUACAGGUCACGGCCGUGAAGCAGCCCUGACGCGUAUGUCAUGCCAUAUCUGUGCUGUUUUUGACGGAGGAGUGCGUGUUAGAGUAGAGGAGAUGAUUGCGGGAAUGGGAAUAACUGGUGAGUAGUGCGGGAUCAUUUGGGGAAAAUAUGGAGUUGUAAUGUUAAUAAAUCUCGUCUUAGCAAUGUAUGUCUAUGGCUUUAUAGUCGUCGGGGCAACCUGCACUGCGUACAAUCCUCAAUCCUAUCCAUGGGCCGGGAUGUUUGUCAAUUAGCGGGGGACUUUCCAAGAUUUGCCAGGCCCCGCUAUUUAUUUGGUGGGAUACUAUAGCAUUCAAUCUGCCGAAGUACCACGCCAACAAACAUUCAGGGAUUGGAGAGUACUGAAUGGAAC